GUUUUGCAGCCUGCCACACUUCGCCUUCGAAGGAUUCGCUGCUCGGUGUGCGACUUUAAUUGAUGUUUCAUUUCCGUUGCAAAGUGCUUCCGUUUUCCUGAGCUCCACGUCCGCCGUUUGUUUUGUCCAACUUGCGGGGGAGUCGACUGCCGCCGACCUGGUAAUUGAGUAUCAAUGCGGUUUUAAGUGAAAAAUGCUGCCAACCUUUGGCAACCAUCUGAGCCACCCACCCAUCCAGCCACCCAGCCAUUCACCCAUCCAUCCAUCCAGCCAACCAACCAUCUACCAUCCACCCUAUCUCAAUGGCCGACCAUUUCCGUUUUUAAUCUUUUGCCUUGAUUUGCUCGCUCUUCGCUUCGUUUUCGUUUUCAUUUCAUGUUUUCUGUGUUUUUUCAAUUGCCUCGUGCUCCAUUCAAAUGGGGUUAAUUGAGUUUUAGUGGCCAGGACUCACUUUAAACUGAUUACAAGCUGCCGCCAGAGGGCGUGGUGGUGGUGGCGAUGGUCGUAGGCUUUGCAAGUUUGUUUUGCAUGCCACUCGGCUAUUUGGUGGCUGUCUCUCGAAAUAUUUGGAGCAUGUCAGUUUGCCAGCCACUCGAGUUUCUUGGCCCAAGACCACCCACCAUCCACCAUCCACUUUUUUUCGCCGCCUGGAAACGAAUUAAUGUAGAAGUUGAUUUGUGGCAAUCGACGCUUGGAUGGCUUUUGAAUGCUGCUUGCCAGCGAGUUUUAAUUGAGGCGCUCGUCUGCCUCUUAAACAGGAAAUUAAGAAAGUUUCUCCUACCCAAGUUCCAUGAUUAUGGAUCCGGGCGAGUGAAAGUCAGAUAAAGUGUCAUUAGCGAAUACAUCAAGGUGAUGCGACAUGCAGAUCUUGGUUAAGCAGGAUUUUCCUGCUGAAAAAAGCACCACACUGAACCAAAACCCAAUGACAAGGUCUCUGCAACGCAGAGUUGCAUGCACCAAGCUUCGGUUUUUAUGCUACAAAAUGACAGACUUUCCCCAGUGGAUCUACUUUCAUCUAGUGCAUAAAAACCGAAAGGAGUUUAUUUUCGUCUUGCAACAGGUUCAUCUGGCUUAACCAUAAAUCUUACAUGAUUUUCAACUACUCAGUUGUUGCUCUGCUGCCCCGUUUUUUUUCUUGCAACUGCCCCAAGUGACCCCUUCUUUUGCUUUCGCAUCCUGGGCUGCCUUGAUUUAUGAUCUACCCAACUUGGUUUAUUGUCGCAUCGUUUGGCCGGCACUUUUUCUCCCGGUCGCCGUGCAUUUUCUUGUCCGCCUCGCAGGGCUUAUCAACUAAUGAUUGAGGUCAGUUGGCCAACGUCUGCUCUCUGCCCAUCCGCCAAAUAAUUGCCGGCAAUUAAGCUUAAAUGCUGGUUGGCCUUCCCUUCCUUGGGGCAAUGCGAAAUGCAAUUUGAAGAGAUAUUCCUGGCCCCGAAACUUGGCCAAACUUGAAUCGAUUGAGAACUAGUUUAUUUAAAUAAAUUCUUUAAGGGGGACCCUUUGUUUCGGCAGCUGAUAAACACACAGAUAAACAGAUGUGCUUGACAUUUAAAUUUCAAAAAUCGAUGGAUGCCUGGCAAACAGAGUGUUGUAGCAACUGUGUAAAUAUAUGGCUAUUAUAUCACAACGGCAUAAGCCCAUCCACCCAUUGAUGAAUAAAACUUGUCAAAUAUUUUCCAUUAACCAAAUGUUAGGCCCAAUCUUAGGCACAAUGAGUAAUCAAAUACUGAUAGACUGCGAAAACUGGCUGGAAGCGGAAAGCACACUUGUGCACACUUGCGAAUUGGAAUCAAUCGGUGGCGUGGUUGCUAUAAAAGCAUUGGAUCUGGCAGGGAAAGAUUAUCAUUCGCCAUCUGCAGCAACCAUCAGCAACAUGAGGAAAUCACUACUGAUCGUUGGCUCCCUCCUGGUGACCAUCUUCCUGGCCCAUCUGCCAGUCGGUCUAGCCGUCUCCUGUGCCGAUGAUCCCACCGAUACGGCCUGCGUCGAUUGCACGGAUGCCGCGAAUGCAGCUGAAGCCGAUUGUGUCACAACCACGGCGGCUCCGGAGGCCACCACAGCUGCCGCAGAGGCAACCACAGCGGCCAGUGCCGAUGGAGAAACCACCACCGCAGCCGCUUCAGGCACCGACACGACCACCGCCUCAUCCGGUGGCAAGAAGCGCGUGAAGAGGACCUUCAAGCGGAAGGUGCGCCGCCCCAGAAAGAUCAGGAGGAGGAGGAGCAACCGACGCAGGAACAACAGGAGGAGCCAGAACUCGGGCUAAGCACUGGACGACAAUCGCUCAAGGAUGAUAACAACCAUGACAUGGAAAUGCUACCCUAUACUCCUAAACAGCUUUAGUUUUAAGUAAACCAAUAAAUUUCAAACUGGGCCC